ACAGCUCCAGGCUGGAGAGCGAGAAGGGAGUCUGAGCAACGCAAAGUAACUUUAUUUCUUCUCCCCGCCCACUUCACCUGCCUCGGCUGGCUUGCGGGGUGGGGAGGACGCUCGAGGCUCCCCGUUAUUACUCCCUCGCCCCCCGAUGGGAAUUGCAUGGAUUUAGCCAAGAUGAGCUGAUUUGCACAGAAUUCUCGAGAUGACUUCCACAAACACAAGCAACAAAAACAGCUUGUACAAUGAAGAGAGAAAUUUGCUCCGUAUCCAAGCAAAAGAAAGGCGAAAUCAGGAAGCUCACCAGGAAAGAGAAGCAUUCCCUGCAGAUACUCCCCUUUUUGGAGAGCCUUACAAGAUUAACAAAGCAGAUGAAUUGUCUAGUCGAAUUCAGAAAAUGUUUGGCAACUAUGAAGAGAUGAAAGAGCUCAUCGUCAACCAGUUCCAUCAGAAUUUCAUAGGGAUUCCUACAAACGUCAUGCCUCUGAUCCCCCCACAUAAACUAGAUCGCCCACUCUUUCCUGAAAAGACAGGCACCUCAUUCCAGAAGAACAGCCAUCAUCACAAACACGCGGGACCUCUUAGUUCAGAUGUUCCUUCUGUGGGCAGCUCCUACCCAAAAAUUCACUCAAGGGUUGAACCAGCUUCACAAAGUGCUGGAUUGUCUAACUAUCAGAAGCCAGGUCCAGAGAAGAGCUGCAAGACUGAAGAACUCCAAAUUGGCAGAUGUCAGCAGAAAAGUAAAAAAUACACUGAAAAAGAUACUGCGCAUGAGACGCAACCCUCACUUAUGGAACUUUCUCCCUUAUUGUCUACAUUGCCUUCCCCUGUACUGCCUCUGUCCCCUCUACAUUCCGGCCAGUGUGUCACUUCCAGAUCCCACAGCAGUAAGAUUGAAAACCGUGGGCAAAAUAGCUCCCCAUCCUAUGAGCUGGUGACCAGCACACAUGAUAAUGAAAAUGAGGACACCUUGACUGCUACCGUAGCUGUCAAUGCUCAUCCUUCCAGCCAGACAUUUCCCUCAUCCUUGUCAUCAAAAACCAGUGCAAUACAACAGAAACCCACUGCCUAUGUUAGACCAAUGGAUGGGCAAGAUCAGGCUCCAGAUGAAUCACCUGAACUCAAGCCACUACCGGAGGAAUACAAUGAACAGUCCUAUGGAAAAAUAACAAAUUUAAAAACCAACACCAAGACCAACUUACCCAAAUUGAAAAUACCUGCGGAACCAAUUGAGCAGUCUUACUCCAAUGAAGCCCAUUGUGUUGAAGAAAUUUUGAAGGAAAUGACCCAUUCAUGGCCACCUCCUUUGACAGCCAUCCAUACUCCUAGCACAUCUGAGCCUUCAAAGUUUCCAUUCCCUGUAAAGGAAACCCAGCAGUCUGGAUCAGUAAUUCAGAGCCAGAAGCAGUAUGAUGUGCCUUUGAAGACUUUGUCUGUUUCUCAGCAAGGAACAUCAACACUGCAUAAAGAUCUAGAGAUCAGUGACAGUGAAGACUGCGAUGAUGACCAAGUUUCUGAUAAACCGUCUUCCUCAUCAACGCCUCCAAGUGCCCCACAAUCGCAGCCUGAGAGUGUGGCAUUGGCUCAUUCCAGCAGUCCGGAAUCUGAGAGCACAAGUGACUCAGACAGUUCCUCUGAUUCUGAGUCUGAGAGCAGCUCUACUGACAGCGAAGGGACUGAUCCUCCAACGAGAGUCUCUACACCUGAGCUUUUGGACAUCCACAGAAGAUCACCUGGACAUGGAUCAAAGUUGAAUCUGUACUGGCCUGAUCCACAAACAUCCAACAGAUGUUGGCAGCUGAAUAACUGGCUGAUCAAAGUAAACCAGCCAGUAUCUCCCACAGAGAGUUUCCUGGAGGAUGACCAUAGUAGAGGCAGUGUCCAGGAGGGCAAAGGACAAGGAAAAGCUGUCAGCACUAGCAGUGGCAAUGGAGGCAAAAGGGAAUGUCAAAUGACAGAUGGUCACUCCAAAACUGGCAGCAGAGUGUCUCGGUCAAGUCAAGAUGUACAUCUCCCUACCAAACGAAAUUACCAAAAGUCUCCUGUGGCCCCAGAGGACCCACUCCACCAGACUGUGGGCAGUAAGCAACCCAGAAAAUCCAACAAAGCUACAGUUCAGGAGGAACCAAAGAGAGGUCUGACAGUUGAAAGUGAACCACCUGGACCAUAUGGGCCCAAGGACCAGUCUUCCAAAGACAAACCUAAGGUGAAAACGAAAGGGAGGCCAAAGUCUGACGAUAAGAAGGAAUUGAAACCAACUGCACCAGAAACCACUGAGAAGAAAAAGCACAAGGGUUUGCACCAAACUCUUAAAACAUUAUUUACCCAUGAUGAUGCAAAAGUAGAUGUGGCUGGCGGUGCCCUGGAACAAUUGCCCCUCAGUCCUCUCAGUGCAAGCCCGAGGGUGGUUGCUACCAGUAGAACUAAUUGCUCCAAGGCAUCUGUUACAGUCAAGGAGGAACUUCAAAGGGACAAAUUUAUUUUGCCUAUCAGGGAUAAGAAGUUGCUGUCACCCUUGAGGGAUUGUCCCAUCCCACCAGGGCUUGUGGUUAAAAUUGAGCUUGCUCUCCUCUCACGGAUCCCUCAGCCUCCUGGGAAGGGACUCUUCCCUAAAAAACAUGAACUUAAAGAGAGCCAUGGGAUGAAAAAGCAGAGCAUUGACAAGAGAAGCACAGAAACGCCAAGCAAAACUCUCCAAAAGAGAAAGCAUGAAGAUGCACUGAGAAAUGAUGAGAAGAAAGUCAAGCUGGAUAAAGAAACCAAAUCCUCUUCAUCUUUAGGCCAUAAAGAUUCCAGUAAGACCAAGAUGUCAAAGCUCUCAGUAACAGAGACACAGAGGAAAGAGGUGCCACUGCCGAUGCCGCCCCCACUGUCUCCCAUGCAGCCUGCCCAGAAGCCAGCUAAGACAGCCCAGAAGAGGCCAAAGAGCGAAAGCGAUGCCUGCUAUCAAGUUCCGGGUCCCAGUAUCAGCACUGCCAAGAGCAAAGAGAGCCACAAAGAGUCUUCAUCCUCCAAGCACAGGAAACUGGAGGGGAAACCUUUGGAAAGCUCCAAAAGUGACAAAGGCUCUGCAGACGAUGUUCCAAACCCCUUCCCAGUGCCUUCUUUGCCAAAUGGUACCUCCAAGCCAAUGAAACCUCAAAGCAAGCCUCACAGACAACAUCCAGUGGAAUUUCACUUAAAGGAAGCCAAAAGGUUGAAGCACAAAGCUGAUGCAAUGACAGACAAAGUUGGAAAGGCCUUCAAAUACUUGGAUGCUGCCCUGUCCUUUAUUGAGUGUGGCAUUGCAAUGGAAUCGGACCCCCUCUCACCAAAGCCAGCCUAUACCAUGUUUGCAGAGACCAUAGACCUCAUUAAAUUCAUAAUGACAUUAAAAUCCUUUGCGGACUCUUCAACAACCACACAAGAAAAAAUCUUCAUUGUGUUUUGCAUGCGCUGCCAAGCCAUUCUGUACAUGGCAAUGUUUCGCUAUAAAAAGGACACAGCAAUAAAGUAUUCCCGGACUCUUAAUGAACAUUUCAAGAGUUCUUCUAGAAUUGCCCAAGCACCUUCUCCAUGUGUUGCAAGGAGCACAGGCACACCUUCUCCUCUUUCCCCAAUGCCCUCUCCAGCUGGCUCGGUCAGCUCCCAGACGGGUUCCAGCACCAGCAGCUGUGGAAGCAGUGGCCUCGGCUCUUCAGUCAGCGUCCCUCAUUAUAUCCCGACCAUCACCUCUUCCUUUGUCAACAUCACUUCUUAUAUUCUGUACGCCUAUGACUUCUGGGAACAAGCUGAUCUUCUGGCUAGGAAGAAUAAGAAAUUUUUUUCCAAGCUCAGCACUGCUGCCUGCUUUCUCUCGUUGAACAGCAGUAUGAUCGAACUCGUACACUACACCCGCCAGGGACUGCAGUGGCUGAGACUGGAAUCAAACAUGCCUUAAUGGGUGAUUCAAGAUGAGGAUUUUGCCUUGGACUCUUUUGCACUUUGAAAGCCUCAGAAAUAGCCUUGUGGGCUGACUGGUUGGAUUUAAAAAGAAACAACAACAACAAAAAAGCACCUGGAACAAGUUUGAAUGAAGCACGAUCGAAGGGAUCUGGCACCACUGGAAAACUUUUAGGGACUACAUUUCUACUAUGCCAAUGGGCCACUUGGAAGAUAAAGAGUGAAGAAGAGGCCUCAAAGUGGAAGAUGCCUUUCUUUCAAAGGACAAAGUGCAAUUGUCUCCUUUCUCUACCCCUGCCCCUUUUUCCCCCAUCAUGGUUUCUUUGUGUCAAUGGUCUAUAAACAUUUCUAGUAAUGAAUAACCAGCAAGAUAAUCAAUCAGUCAGCACACAUGAAGAUGCGCCAGUGAGAAGGAAAUCCAUUUCCCAAAGGAUUUUCUGCAACAUCUAAGGAUGCAUCAAUAGCCAGGGGCCCAGUGUUGGAUUCAGAUUUUUCUUUUCUUUUUUUUAAAGUAUAAAUCGCACGUGCAUCUCCUUCCGGCAGGUGGCAGGGCCCGGGGAAUCAGGGAGGGAAUUCUUCAGCCAUAAAUUGAACUUUCUGUCAAAACAAAAAGCCGUCUUCCUGCCAGUCUCCUCCUCCGUGUGCUACUAGCGCCCAUUUGUUGCACUAUUUCUUCUGUCCUUCUGGCCCGUAGCGGGCUUAUCCCACUUUCCCUAGUUUGCCCCUCUCUCUCCUUUUCCCAUUCCCUGUUUGUGUUUGUGUUUUUGUCUUGCUGUUUGUGGCAGCACGUAGCAGUUUCAGCUGUCCUGGGUGGUCGUUUCAUGAUAUUGCAGUUGGCACGUUGACAAUCUCAUGAGAACAGCAGCUUGCUAGGCCUGCGAUGUCAGAAUCGAGUUUGAACAGAAGACACACGGUGUAGGCGAUGUUGACUCCCUCGCCUCUGGGCUGUCUAAAUUAGGGAUAUGAUUCUAGUUCAUCCAUGGAGUAGCUGUGAUAAAAUGCACUACUGAAGAGGAAUGGGUUGCCACUGCUGAUGGUAAAGAUGCUGCGCCUUUGGAUCUUAGUAGCUCCACACAAGGGACACAGAGCAGUUGCAAGGAAGGGAGAGUGCUCUCCAAGAAUUCCCUUCUAGUUACAUGAAGUUUAUUGGGAGAUAUUUAAGGAUCUGUGGGAGGGGGCAACUUUGCAGUGUGCCAUUUCAGUUCACCUUCCCUAAAAUGGUAGGUUCAGAUAGUGCCUUGGUUGAUGCACAGAUUUUCAUUAACGCUGGCAGGGGGGCUGCCCGGCUCAGUUUAACAUGAUCCCUUUCGAUAUGUUGUCGAAGGCUUUCACGGCCGGCAUACGAUGGCUGGUGUGGGUCUUCCGGGCCGUGUGGCCGUCUUCCAGAACACGGCCACCCAGCCCAGAAGACCCACACCAGCCAUGAUCCCUUUCGUUUAAGAGAAUUGUUUCCUCACUAGUAAGAUAGUUAGCUCCAUCAACUUGGAAAACCCUGGAUCCUCCAAUGCAAGUAAGCAGCAGUUAUCUCCAGUCCGCAAACACCUUUCUGCUUCUUUCAUUAAUUUACAAAAAUCCCCAUUAAUGAGAGUGCUGUAUUUGUUUCCUAUAUCCUGUUUAGCGGAAGAAACAAAAGUGGUCUGUUUAGUUUAAAAUAUAUUGUACUCCCCUCUUUUCAGCCAUGCCUUUAAUUCUCCCAUUUGCAUCUGUUAUCGCUUGAUUUAAGACAGACCAGUGGGGGAAUAUUUUCCAGAUAAAUUACUCUUUAGUGUGGUUAUGGGUUUUCCUUUUUGGCUGAUUCCCAGGGUCGAAAAGUUGGAAUCAGGCAUUUCUGAACCUUUGCUUUAAAUACAGACAGCUAUUUUUGUGGAGUUGAAGUAGAGCAUUCCUAUUUUCCCAUAGAAUGAUUUCCUUGCCAACGAUAGUAAUAAAUCUUAUGAUUCCACAUUUUGAAGAGAUACCCAUUGUACAGAAUCUUCCUGAUUCUUUCAGGGCAGAUUUGGUUUGGUGAUAAUUCAGCCCCCACAGAAAAAGAGCACGGAAGCGUAAGGAACAGAAAAGCCUUGGAGAAUUUCCAGAAAUAACCCACUUCUAUUUAUAAAAGAUUUUGUUUUGUUUUGUUUUCCCUCAAACUGUUUAAAUACAAGUUACUAUUUAAUCUUGAAGAAGAUAAGGUGGAGAUCUUGGAACCCUACUGAAUUGGUGCAAAACACACAUACAGACACAUACCCAAGGAACUUGUUUGAACUGAUGGGCAGUAGAAGGACUGCUUAAUCUUUUGUCAUACCUUGCCUGCAUCUAAAACUGCAGUUGGAGAAAGGAUGAUGAAAAGCAAGAGACACUCUUUGUGAUCCUGAUUGCUCUUGGGCAGAGAACAGACUCUGCAGACUCCAGGCAGCUCUCAAAUGCUUAGCUUCAUCCCUAUGCAGCAGGCAACCUCAACAGCCUCUUGGGGCCCUAGUACCCUACCCCUAAACUGCUGAAACCUCAUGAAUAUCAAUGAGAUGUUGCUUGAGAUCACUGAGAUCUCAGCUGAGAAUUCCAAAACUCUGUCAGAUUUUGGGGAAUUCUGGGGCACCUCCUGGUAAACGUUUUGGUAUCCACGAGCACUAUACUGCUGAUCUCUGUUAUGCAGGGAUAUACAGGUUCCAAUCAGAAAUACAUUUUUUAACUCACAAAAUUCAUGCAACAAUAUCUCAGGAACGGAGGAAGUCCAUCAAAAUGUUAGGUUUUAAAUGCAACUGGAUUGGUACCUGCUCGUCCUAGAUAAGGAUUUGGUCCAAGUAUGGGACAGUGGGCUGGUUGCACCCACCUGUCUUAUCACACUAACCAGACAUGAAAACUCUGAGCUCUUGGGCCUGGGUGAGAAACAGGCAAACCCUAAAUUUGCUUUGUCUCCCUAUUGCAGAUGACAAACCUCCCUUUUCCCCUCAGUCUUUGUAGUCUCAGGACCGAGUUUCUUCUCUCUCCCUCCCUCCUCCUCUCCUGAAUAACUCCUGAUCCUUUGCUGCUGCUUUUGCUUUAUUAACUAUACUCUGAUAUAAAGAAUCCUCAGUUGUUAAGGGGCCCCACUUCAGCCCACUUAUUGAGCACUUUAUUCAAAAGAUUGUGAUAAUCUGUUCCAUACCCCCUCCCACUUACUCAUUCAAUCCCAGAAUCUCCCAGAGAUUCAGUGACUAAUCUCUGUGUUAAAAAGAAACGAAGCCUGCAGUGCGUUAAUGCUACUGAUUUUAUGUGACUGCUCAUAAAAUGAUAGGAAAAAAAAAGCAAUAGAGGUUUCAUUUCAUUAAAAAAAAAAGUUAAAAUCUGAUUUGAUUUGGGAAAGGCUGUAUAAAACCUCUUUCACAACUGAACAGGAGUGAAGCUUCUCAGUUUUCCAGAGAAGUGAAGAUGAUUCUCCAGUUUGAACAGCCUACUCUUUCGUGUUCUGUGAUUUGUCUUUUUCUUUCUUUCCUUUUUAAUUUUACAUGAAAUUGCAGAGAAACAGUCCAUUCAUGAGGAUCAGGUUUAGAAACCUUAUGUUUUCUUCCAAAUUUUUUUUAACAGAGCAAUUAAUGAUCAGAAUCCAUUUAAUCCCUAUUCUAGGCUCUGGUUCCCAGCUAUACAUGGGCAUUCCAUGGAUUUCAGCCAGAGCCAGGGUUCCAGUUCUCUAUCCAAGGAGCAAGAAAUAAAUGUUUUUCCAUUUUAAACACAAGUCUGUGGAGCUGCACACUCAAAGCAGCUUCCUUUCCAGAUAUUUAUUUAGAAUUAUAAUUAAUGUAUUUAAAAUUGACAAUGUUCUAUAUAUCUAAGAUAACCAUAAUUUAAUAAUUUGCAAGUUCCAUUGACACUGGAGAUGUGGACUGAACAUUAGAUUGAUGACAAUUUUAUUUUUAAAGGGCAAUUUCUCUUCCUAUCUAUCCUUCUCUUUUCCACUCUGUUCCCAUGGUUUCUUUAUUAAAAUCUGUACAUUUAAAUUUAUUAUGGGAUGUUGUGUCUCCAUCUUGUAAAUAUUUCUGCCCUGUAUAUUGGUGGUAUUUCCAGAUUGAUUUGUUUAAUUCUGUGGGGUAAUAAAAUAAAUAUUAAAUGAAGCAGCA